AGGUGAUGUACAGUAUAAGCAGAGGGAGCUGUCCCAGUGCUGAAAACAGUCUACAAACUCGCAGCAAAAAGACAAGGACGAUCAUGCUUUGGGUUCGCUCUGCUGUCUGUCACACAGGAAAGAUUUCUAACAUGGCAGAUGCUAAAACCUGCUGGCUUGGAGCAGCUUUCUCUCUCACCCUUUUCUUUGUCCUAAUCUGUUGUGUUGAUGCAGCUUCAAUCGAACCUUAUCAGCUGCUUCAGAAAAACCCAGACUACUUAGUGAAAAAUUUACAAAGGCUCCCAAGCCCAGAUAUGAUCAAAGCCUUGGAAUAUAUAGAAAAUCUCCACAAACAAGCUAACAAGGCUGAAAAUGGCCCAGAUUACAAUUUUUAUCAAGGUGCCCCAUUUCUUCUGCAGCAGAAAGAAAGCAAAGAUCAGAGCCACCUAGCAGAUAAUAUAAGAGAUUCUUUGACUGAAGAUGAGUCCCAGUGGGUUAGGUCAAUGUUGGAAGCCUUGAGGCAAACAGAAAAAGAGUCAAAGGCUGGAUCAAAAGAAAAUAAACCAUAUACUAUGAGUUCAGAUAACCUUCCAGCUGGUGUGAGUGAUGAUUAUGAGGCUUAUAAGCGGCCUGAGAGACGACACAAAUAUAUCAAAAUGCCACAUGCACAUGAUGAAGAAAGUUCAAGAGACAGUCCUUUCAAGCGCACCAAUGAAAUAGUAGAAGAACAAUAUACACCCCAAAGCCUUGCUACUUUGGAGUCUGUCUUUCAGGAGCUGGGGAAGAUGACGGGACCAAGUAAUCACAAAAAAGAGAGGCUGGAUGAGGAUCAAAAAUUGUACACAGAAGAUGAAGAUGAUGUAUAUAAAGUGAAUAAUAUUGCUUAUGAAGAUGUAGUGGGAGGAGAAGACUGGAAUCCAAUAGAGGAAAAAGUGGAAAGCCAAACGCAAGAAGAGAUGAAAGAUCAUAAAGAAGAAAUUGAUAAAAAUGAAGAAGUGAUUGAUGAUGAAAUGAAGAGAUCAGGGAAUCAAGGUUUCCUGGAGAAUGAAAUGGGGAGAGACAGUAAAGAUCAAAUGUCAGAUGACAUUACAAAGCUAAUGAAUUAUUAUCUGAAGAGGCUGAUGAGCAAUAUUGGAAAUGGCAGGUUAAGGACUGGACAUGAAGAAAAAAAGGCAGGUACAUUUUUGGAAAAACUUGAUCCUCAGUCUAUCUCUCAACUAAUAGAAAUCUCAAGGAAUUUACAAAUCCCUCCAGAGGAUUUACUAGACAUGUUGAAAAUUGGAGAAAAGCAGCAGCAGAGUGAAAGGGUAGAGACAGAGCAAGAACCAGAGCUCCCAGAAGAUCUUGAGGAUGACAUCUCUGAAACUAAUCUAGACAGCAUAGAUAGAUUUAAAAAUAAAAUGAACCCUAAAAAUGGUUACAUGAAGCAGCCAAUUAAUGCUAUGCCAGAUAAUCUAGUUGAAGGCCUCAAUAUCGAAGAUAUUGUCAAUCUUUUAGGGACUGAUAAUUUAGCUAAUCAGAAAACCUCCUACUUUGUAAAUCAGCUUAAUGAAGAGAACAAUUUGCCAAGACUUCCCUACAUUCCCAGAAGACCUAAAGGACAUCAACUUCCUAAAGCUCCUUGGAUUAAUGAUUUGGAAAGACGACAAAUAGAAUACGAAAAACUAAAUGAAAAAGAUGAAGAACUAGCAGAUUACUUGGCAAAUAUGUUGGCAAAAUACCCUGAAGUUAUGAAUACAAACCAGCUGAAACGUGUUCUAGUCCCAGUUUCAUCUGAAAAUGAUCUACAGGAAGACGACCAACUUGAGCAAGCAAUCAAAGAACAUCUAAAUCAGCUGGGAUCACAAGAAUCUGAUAAACUAGUCUCACUCAGCAAAAGGCUGUCCAUGGCCCGGGAGAAUGAUGACACACAAGCCAGGCAGUAUCUGGAUGAAGAUAUGCUAGUGAAGGUGCUAGAGUACCUAAACCAGGAGCAAUCAGAAAAAGGAAGAGAUCACAUUACUAAAAGGGCAAUGGAAAAUAUGUAAUUGUUACCCAAAUAUCAUUUUUCUGCAAUGUUUUGAUUUUUACCCCAGUUCAUUCGUGAUUUCCACCCCCCCCCAAACAACUUGCAGUUACCGUUGAACAGUCUGCAUAACUUUCACAGCGCUGUUAUUGUUUAUGGAUAUACAUAUAUGUUAUAAAUCUUGGAUCAAGUAACAAAUUGGUUCAAUUGUUUUAAAGAGCAGGGUUACGAAUUUUAGUAAAAUCGUAAUAUGUAAACAAAUGACCAUUGCAUUGUUGAUAAAACAUGAUAAAUUAACAGUGCUAUCAUAUUUGAAGUUUUUUAAAUUAAUUCAAUUAUUUUGUUACUGUCUGUAGUGUUUUUUUGUGGAGUACUGAAUAAAAAUACAGCAUAUAUAUAGUUUUAUUUAUAAGGCUUUUUCUAUUCUGUGUUUUA